CCAAAGCCCACAAGCCCCUCGUCGAAGACCAACCGCACCGCACCACACGGUUUCCUCGGCCCGUCUCCCUCCGUCCCCGACUCCGGCCACCACCGCACCGCGCCGCGCGCCAUGGAACCGGACGCCGACGAGGACUACAUGGGGGAUCUCUCCCACUUCCUCCCGCCGAGCCCCUCCUCUCCCUCCCCCUCGACGAGCGUCGGGCGUCGGAAGCAGCCCCCAGAACAGGCGCAUGCGCCGGCGCCGCCGCGGGCGAAGCGCGCGAAGGGAGUGCCAUGGAAGGAGCGGUGGCGGCAGGAGCGCGAGAGGAAGCAGAGGGAGGAGGACGCCAGCACGAUGGCCGGGCUCGCGGAGGCCAUCCCGGAGAGCAACGUCGGGUUCAGGAUGCUGAAGCAGAUGGGGUACGACCCUGGGGCGCGCGGCGCCGCCCAGCCGGUCGGCAUCGAGAUCCGGCGCUCACGGGCGGGGCUCGGGGCGGAGCCCGCGGUGGCUGCGUCGCCGGCGCCGGCAGCGGUGGUGAGGACGCGGGAGGCGGCGGAGAAGGAGAGGAAGCGGGAGGGGAAGAUGGCGAUGGAGCUGAGGGCGAGGAAGAGCACGCAGUGGAGGGCUCGGAGGGUGGUGUGGGACUACCGCAAGGCCGAGGCGGCGCUCGCGCAGCUGGAGAACCAGGAGGUGGAGCCGCCGGCGCCAGAGACGGAGGAGAAGGGAGCAGAGGAGGAAGAGGAGGUGAUCACUGAAGAGGAUUUGCAAAUCAUUUUGGCUAGGUUGCGCAAUCACCACCACUACUGUCUUUAUUGUGGAUGCAAGUAUGAAUCAGCCGAAGCACUGGCAAAUGAAUGCCCAGGCCCUAAUGAGGAUGACCAUUGAUUUGCUGCGUGAAGGGUGGCAAAGAAUUUUCCUUGAUCCAACAGUUGAUGAUUCUGUAAUCACUGUUAACUGCAAUGAUGUUCGGUCAUGAUUUGAGUACUGCACUGAUAAGACACUGGAGUGCCACAAGCUUAUGCCCUCUUGUCCUUACGAUACAGACACCAGAAGAACUAGAGAUAUCUUUGUUUGUUGGCUGUAUGGUUACUCUUGUACUAGUUAAAUAGUUGGCAGCCAUUUAUAUAGGAGUGAUGAACUCUUAAGUAGACAGUUAACAGAAAUUGACUAACCUCCAAGUGCCGAAAGCCAUAUCUAUUAGACUUCUACCAUGUGAAGCCCUCCUACAUGUGCAAUACCUCAACAUGAAAACUGAGGGUAUAUCCUUCUUCAUCAGUUUGUAGCUGGGACGGAAAGCUCCAAAGGAGGGUUUGGAUAUGGUAGAAGUAUUCUUCUUCAGAAGGCUGUCAUCAAGGCGCUUUAUUAUAGCUAGAAGAUAAUAGUUAGCAGUUGGUGAAAAGACAUGCAAGCUGUGAUUUGAACUGUGAUGAGCGGAUUGCAUCUAUCUAUCUGCUUUCCAACUGAGUGAGGGGGCUGUAUUCGUUUACAUCUGCUCAAGUUUGUUGUUGUGAACGUCCAACCCUGGAAUCUCUGUACAGUGCAAUGCUGGUUUUAUAUUGCUGUCA